CAGAAGACAAGAGAGAAGCAGAGGCUGAAUCGGUCAACGAAACACGCUGAACUGCUGUCACGCCCGCUCAAACACGCACCAGCGCGCACACUUUUUGAAAGCCAGUGAAAAAAAAUACCUUGAGAUUUUGGUCCGGUUUGUUUUUAUUUCACAUGUGAGCGGACGAGCGGGAGGAGCGAUCCCCCGAUGAGAGACGCUGCUCAGAAGUUGUGGGAGCUCCCUGGUGUGCGUGCGUGUGCGUGGAGCGCUAGCGGACGCCCGUGGGGUAGUCCCACCGCCUCUCCCUCUCGGACAGGAUGGGCUGCAACCUGUGCACGCUACAAAAGAGAGAGGAGCACUACAAACUGCUGUACGAGAUCGCCCAGGUAAAUGGGCGUGACUUUUCUAAGGCUGGCCAUGAGGCAGCUGUCGAGGCGAUACGGAAGGACCCCGUGGUCGUCCAGGUGUUGCGGCGGGGUCCCGCAGCUACCGGCAACGUGCAGGAUGGGAGUAUGGUGGAUGUGUGCACGCAGACGGACAUCACCUUCGAACACAUCAUGGCUCUGGCCAAACUGAGGCCAGCCACCCCACCUGUGCCUGACAUCUGCCCUUUCCUGCUCUCAGACAGCUGCCCCUCCAUCCAGACAAUGGAACACGAGUACUUUGAAUGUCCGGAGUAUUUGUCCAACCCCCGGGCGGAGAUCGAAAGGACAGAUGAUUUUGAGUAUGAGGAGGUUGAGUUGUGUCGUCUGAAUAGCCAGGAGAAGUUGGGCCUUACACUUUGCUACAGGACCGAUGAUGAAGAGGACACAGCUAUCUAUGUCAGUCAGGUUGGCCCCCUCAGCAUAGCUGCCAGAGAUGGACGCAUCAGAGAGGGAGAUCGAAUUUUGCAGAUAAAUGGCCACGAUGUGCAGGACAGGAACGAGGCUGUGGCGAUACUCUGUAACGAAGACACCAGGAAUGUUGUACUGCUCGUGACCAGGCCAGGAGCGCAGAUGGAUGAAGGCUGGUUGGAUGAGGAACAGCAUGACUAUCUGGAGGAGCUAAAGAUGGAGAUCCUGGAAGAGCAGAGAAAAGAGGAGAUCUUUCAGAUGGCCAACUGUAAUAAGCAAUCCAAGAUGCCGGAGGAGGACGAUGCAGCCACAGAUACAGCCACCUGUUCCUCCAGCCUGCAGGAUAAAGACAGCGGGGUGGGCCGAGGGGGCGAGGAGAGUGCCGAGCCACACGCCCAAAUAAGGACUCAAAAGCACACACGGCACCGGUGGGAGGCGGAGCCUCAUUCUAUUCCCACGGAAACCUCAGGCCUGGUCAAUCAAGUGGCAGGCCAGGAGGGUGGGCGGAGCCAGGCAGGUGUGGAGAGAGACCGCUUUCGGCAACUGCUGGAGCUGAAGUGUCAGAUCCGGAACGGGCGCGAGUGUGGCCUGGUGUACCGCCGCAGCAGCACCAUCGCGUGCAGCGUGACGGAGCAGGCGGGUGGCGGCGUGGGCAUGGAGCGCGAGCUGCGCAUGCUGAACGAGGAGCUGCGCAGCAUCGAGCGCGAGUGCCAGAGCCUCAUGCAGACGCACCGGCUGCGCAGGGCCGUGCGAGGCCCCGGACGGCCGGGCCAGGAAGGUCGCGUGUGUGGGGCCAAGCUGGCCGACAUCACCGAGCAGCCAGAGAGGGCAGCAGCGAGUGAGAAAUCCAAGGACAAGGACAGCUCGAGUGCAUACAACACGGCAGAGAGCUCGCGCUCCACGCCGCUGGGCACUGAGGGCUCACCAGAGCACUCGCUUCAGCGGCAUGCCAGCCAGGCCCAUCAGAGGAGUUUGCGUGGUGUCCACACCCAGGGUGCUUCACGGAGUAGCACCCUAACCACACAUGAUUCCUGCACUCACAGUAAGACCUUACCCACCCAUGGUAAGGUCACCCCAGUCCCACAAACACCCAUCACCAGCCCAGGCUCGCAGGGUCCAGGCCAGGCCCUGUCCAGCAGCCUGGAACAGAGCCCCAGCAACCCAUCUGAGUCUGACCCCGCCCUCCCAGCUGACGACGAACGCUGCGAGCGGGCACGGAGGCGGAACCGGCCGGCCGCCCCACCCCACCACCCAAAUUCUGCCCCUGGCCCUGCCCACGCCACUCGCCACUACCAGAGCUAUGUGCAACUGCUGCAACAGCAGCAACAGCAGCAACAGCAGCGCUCGUCCUCCUCCCUGGAGUGCUCGCCGAGUCAGCUGAGCCUGUUGGGCCUGCGUGGGCGGCCCUCACCGCCGCCCCUGGCUCCGCCCCCUUCCGCUGCCGCAGCCGCUCGUCUGGAGUGGAAGGUGAAGGUUCGUGCCGCCGCCCGCCGGCCUGCUCGCGACCGCAUCCUGCGCGAACGUGCCCUGCGCAUCCGUGAGGAGCGCAGUGGCGGCAUGACCACGGACGACGAUGCGGCCAGCGAGCUAAAGAUGGGCCGCUACUGGAGCAAGGAGGAGCGCAAGCAGCAGCUGGCCCGCGCUCGCGAGCAGCGCCGCCGCCGCGAGUUCAUGCAGCGCUGCCGUCUGGAGUGGCUGCGGCAGGCAGCUGGCGCCGAGGUCAGCGUGCUGGAGCUCAGCCACAGGAAGAUGCUGAAGAAGCGCAGCCGCAAAAUCCUGGACAACUGGAUGACCAUCCAGGAGCUGGUGAGUCACGGUGCCAGGGCGCCCGACGGCACAAAAGUGCACAACGCCUUCCUGUCCGUCACAACCGUGUAGGUGCCUUGGGGCCCCAGCAAGGCUCGCUCUGAGCCCACGAUCUUUUGCACUGACCUCCUGGGACAUGGACAUGACAGUUUUAUAUUGUGCAAAUUGAGCUAUUUUUCACGUUUUGUAAAUUUGGAAUGACUCCUUGUGGAGAUGUUUCGCUCAACGUGGACGUUGUUUUGAGUGAGACAUAACAGUGAUUGAAUGUUUAAGCUUUUUUAUCUAUUAACUGAAGGUAUUUGACCACUGCAGACUUUUUCUACAUUUGCAUAAGACUGAUGGGGCUUCUAAAACAACCGUGUAGUGUUUGACAUUCUGAUGUCACUGCCCUUUACAAUAAUUUUAUUAGUUUUCAAUCAUUUUUAACAGUCUGUGUUUUUCAGAGUACUUUUUUCAGAGAAUUUUUCAUUAUGCAUUUAUGCAGCUUUUUACUGUUUUUGUCUGCUCUCAAAUGUACUGUAAAUAUUCAUUUUCCUUCAUAUUCUGAGAUAAAUGUUUUAUUUGAACCCAAAAGGUUUACAAUACAAUGGUCAAAAGCUGUCUGAUGCAGUAUUGAUGACACCAUUGACAUGCAGUAUUCAUGGCCAUUUCUCAUUGUUUACUAUACAGCAUAUUCUGUCAAAUUUCCACUCAUAUAUCAUUUCACCUCUGAUGCCAAACAAGGUGAUUAGCUGUAUUGGAGUCUGAUGGUAUGGGGUGUCUCUGAAGGUUUUUAGCAGUCCUGAACUUCCUCAGUGUUGUUGUGCCUAAGAAUAUGGUGCUUUCUGCUCUCUGCAAUGACUCGUUUUUCUUCUCCACAUUGUGGUGAACAACUGUGCAUUUAUGCUCACUUCUCGAUCCUCUACCCUUCACCAGUGCAUCACCAGUGUAGCUGACCAUGUUGUAGCCUGGUCAAAGUGUUCUAGGUGUGCUACUCAGAGAAAAAAUAAAUAAAUUAUUGGUAUAAAACUCAAAGCAGUUUACAUUCCAUUUUCUUUACUGACUGACUGCAAGUGUGGCGAACCAAAUCAUCAAAAUAUCUCUUGACUGACUGCUUGAACGAACUGAGCUGGAGCAUCGAAGCGACUCACAGGAGCAGA